AUGUUUGAUUUCGUUCGCAACGCGUCUAUAGAUGUCUACCUGAAACUGUACCUCGUCACGAAACGCGGCCGCCGCCUGAAGAAAAAGAGUCGUCUGCACCGCAGCUCCGCCGGAGGAGAAGUGCAGCUAGAGGAGGGCUUCCGCUAUCAGCUUCCCGCCGCCGUCAGGGAGGCGAAGGUGCAGGUGCUGCUGUGCGCGCAUCGCGGGAAGCUGUUUCGCAAUCGUCUGCUUGGGGAGGUUCUGCUGACCGUAGACGCGCUCCCGCUCGACGCGCUCGUCUGCGACUGGUACAAGCUGAUACGCAAGACGCACCGGGCGUAGGUUGCAUGCGGAGAUGCCUCCUUGUGCCUGCG